AUGCGGUGCGCGAGCAAGGCCGCCGAGAGCGCGUCUGCACGUCUCUGUGCGGACGCCGAAGCAGAAACAACAGCAACUAAUGUCUCAUCGGUUGCUGAAGCGACUCAGCCUGUGUCACUUGGUGAUGCAGGCGCUCGUCAUGAAGACACUCAUGUCUUCACACAGUAUGAGCUCGGUGUCUCGUACUCUCCCGAUACGGAAGACGGAUCUGUAUCAACGGCGAUCGAAACCAAGCCGCCUUCCAAGCGUGGCAUGGAUGUUGCUUUGCGUCGUAGCAUCUUUGGUUCAUUUGAUGAUUCAUAUGAACCAUCGCCAAAGCGAAGGCGCUCGAGGUCGCGAUACUCGGGCGCUCACAGUGGUGUCGGUUCUCCUAUGGACACCACUUCACAGUGA